GCUAUAUGCGCCGCUCGCGGGCUGGCUGGCUGGCUGGCUGGCUGGCUGGCUGGCUAGCUGAUUGGGGUAUUGAAACGUCAGAGAGCUGGCGGGUAUGAGGGUGCCACGACUUGGUACGAUGGAAAGAGUGGAAAAGGUCUUGAGGAUGGGACGAAUGGUAUCGGAUACAAAAGGUACACAAGCAAGCCCAGCUCUCGUUCAUCCAAUCCAAGUCCGCACACUCUCGCAACGUCUUCUUCAUCGAAUGUCGCGACUUGGACUUGGACCAAACGGAAGGGGCGGCACCAGGCGGCUGCUCAUCUACCCAGCGGACCCAGUUGCUGUCUACAAAGCUCUCUCUUCCAUUGCCCGCUGCAGCCUGCCGUCUCCUCUUCGCGCUUCCUCCUCCCUCGUCCCAAGAAUGCCAACCCCUCCUCCUCAACCACAGCUUCGCUUCGACCGCUCUGCUAUCUCUGCCUCCCUGCUUUCUUCCCCCUGCCCUGGCCGUCUCCCCCUCCUCCUUCGCAUAGACGAUGCAAUACCUCCUUCCUUUCCCCCCCUCCCCGCUCCAUCCCGCUACAUCUCCCUCCUUCAUCUCCGGUCGUCCGCCCUUCUCGAAGCUCGCCAUGCAGAGUGCACAGAUGCAUUCCUGCGCGCCAUUGCAGCGGGGAACAAGUCCCAAGUCCAACCAGACGCGCCCACCCCGCGAGCGGGCGGACGGGUCAACGCGAAGGAGGGCGAGGGGGACCAAGCACACUGUCCCUUCUCCUCCCUGGUUCGAUGAGCCGAGAGCUCCCAAUAAGUGAAAAUGGGGAACAGAGGACAAAUCAAUCUGUGUCGUACGCUAGAGGCCGUCGAUUGAGCGCGAGCGCGAUGGGUGAUCAUGGGAAGAUGUACACUUGAUCAAGGCUUGCUGUCUCGAGGUGCCCCUGAGUGAUUGUGGACGAGAUAACACCCAGUCGUCUGGGCUGCGAGAGCGUGAGUACGG